AACUAUGAAAAAUAUUUUAAUUAUAUAUUAAGUAAGAAAGGAUCCUAAGUCGUGAGUGAGAGCCACAUAUUUCUUUGUUUGUCUUUGCAUUACAUCGUCUCUCUGAGUGAGUGAGAGCGUAGACACAGUCAGUACAGACCUUCAAAACCCAUAUCCAUGGCGUCAAUGGCUUCGAUCGGUGUUCUCAAAGUCCCUUCAUCCUCAUCCUCACCCUCACCCUCACCCUCACCCUCUUCUUCAUCAUCAUCCAAAGCCAUUGCACGCAAUCUCUCAUUCACUUCAUCACAGCUCUGUGGUGAUAAGAUUAACACAAUCUCAGCAAGACAAAGAAGAAGCUAUGGCUGCAGUCCCUUCAUUGUUUCUCCCAAGGCCGUUUCUGAUUCCAAAAACUCUCAAACUUGUCUUGAUCCAGAUGCUAGCAGAAGUGUACUUGGCAUUAUACUCGGAGGAGGUGCCGGGACACGUCUUUAUCCACUGACGAAGAAGCGGGCAAAACCAGCUGUUCCUCUUGGAGCAAACUAUAGGCUUAUUGAUAUCCCUGUAAGCAACUGUCUAAAUAGCAACAUAUCAAAGAUCUAUGUCCUCACGCAAUUCAAUUCAGCGUCCUUGAAUAGGCACUUGUCCCGUGCAUAUGCGAGCAACAUGGGUGGCUACAAAAAUGAAGGUUUCGUUGAGGUUCUCGCUGCACAGCAGAGUCCCGAGAAUCCAAAUUGGUUCCAGGGUACUGCAGAUGCCGUGAGGCAAUAUUUAUGGCUUUUUGAGGAGCACAAUGUUUUGGAGUACUUAGUUCUAGCUGGUGACCAUCUGUAUCGAAUGGAUUACGAGAGAUUUAUACAAGCACACAGGGAAAGUGAUGCUGAUAUCACUGUUGCUGCACUGCCAAUGGAUGAAGCGCGUGCCACUGCAUUUGGUCUAAUGAAGAUUGACGAAGAGGGGCGUAUAAUUGAAUUUGCCGAGAAGCCAAAAGGAGAACAGUUGAAAGCUAUGAAAGUUGAUACUACUAUUUUGGGUCUCGAUGAUGAGAGAGCAAAAGAAUUGCCUUUUAUUGCUAGCAUGGGUAUAUAUGUUGUCAGCAAAAAUGUGAUGCUAGAUCUGCUCCGCGACAAGUUUCCUGGUGCCAAUGACUUUGGGAGUGAAGUUAUUCCCGGUGCAACUGAACUUGGAUUGAGAGUGCAAGCUUAUUUAUACGAUGGAUACUGGGAAGACAUCGGUACAAUUGAGGCUUUCUAUAAUGCAAAUCUGGGAAUCACCAAAAAGCCAGUGCCAGAUUUUAGUUUCUACGAUCGUUCAUCUCCAAUCUACACCCAACCUCGGUAUUUGCCUCCAUCUAAGAUGCUUGAUGCUGAUAUCACCGAUAGUGUUAUUGGUGAAGGAUGUGUAAUUAAGAACUGCAAAAUUCACCAUUCUGUGGUUGGACUGCGAUCUUGCAUAUCAGAAGGUGCAAUCAUUGAGGACACAUUGUUAAUGGGAGCAGAUUAUUAUGAGACGGAUGCUGAUAGGAGGUUUUUGGCUGCUAAAGGCAGCGUCCCGAUUGGUAUUGGCAAGAACUCUCAUAUUAGAAGGGCUAUUAUCGACAAGAAUGCUAGAAUUGGAGACGACGUGAAGAUCAUUAACAGUGACAAUGUGCAAGAAGCUGCAAGAGAAACCGAAGGUUAUUUCAUAAAAAGUGGAAUCGUCACAGUAAUCAAGGAUGCAUUAAUUCCAAGUGGAACUGUCAUCUAAAGUCGUCUCUACUGUUUCCUAUUGCUGCUGUGCAACACCUCAUUUUCACUGCUGGAAGGUGUUACAAGAGCAGUUCUGCUUCCACAUUGGUUUUCUGGUGCAUGUAAUAUUUGGCUCGGAAGUAUAUAGAGUAGAAACUCUUUCUUUAGUCAAGAUGUAAAUUUAAAUAUUCAGUCAAAUAAAUUCUUCUAUAGUCUGCAGUGUCUAGGAUGAAUGUUCUUUUGCAGUUUAUGAAAGGGGUGGAAUAAUAUCCACUAAAAACAAUGAAAAGAAAUACAAUAAAAUCCAUGGAGACAGCUUCUGCUGAUUAA